AUUGAGGCAUGUUCACCAUCACUCAUGUAAUCCAGGUCAGGAUGGGGUCAGGAAGCAGGCUUCCCUUCUCAGCAGUUGUCGGAUCUUCAGGCUGAAAUGUAUUCCUUAAAAUGAACAAGCUGGUGGCUCAUCCCUACAGGUGCUGCCUUUGAUGUGGCAUCUAUGUAAAGAUGAAUGCAGUUUAUAAAAUUGCCAGGCCAGGCCAGGCCCUUGGAGUCCAGAAUGUUCCCAUCGUUAUCAGAAAUAAUGCCACUGGCUAGCACAACGCUGACCUUGUGGUCUCCUCCCAGAACAGGCUCCUAGGCAGACUGCCACCGGUGUUCUCAAUGAGAAUGUUUAGUAAAAAUAUUAAAUUACUCAUUUAAAAAUACUAUUCUUGUUAAGUAUUAUGAAAUCCAUUCCAAAAGGAAACACAUAUCAUAAAGUAUAGCCUUUUCAAAAAUUGAUAAAUUACACAUUUCCUGAACACAGUCCUUGAUGUCCGGAGCAUUCUCAAUAUCAUUCUUUUAGCUAUUCCCCAUUCCCUGGAUAACCAAAGUUCCUCUGAAACAGUCAGAUUCCACAAUUUGGGGAUAUAAAUCAAAAUAAUAUUUGCAUUUUUAAGGUUCUUAACAUCCAUAAAUCUGUUUACAUGUGAUACAGUUUUAUUCCACAAUGAAACCAGUUACAGACAGGACCAGAUCAUAGCGUAUCCGCAACUUAACAGAGUAAACGCUGAGUUUAAACUUCAGUGUGAAUCCACAAAAUUGCUGAUCAUCUCUGUGUUCCAGCUGGAGACAGUCAUGGCCAAUUCAGGAGGGCCUCUUGGCUCCAGAGGAUGGAAGUCUGAGUGAAAGUGACCCUUCUUGCUGCUGCAGCAAUGGGUGGGCUGCGGGGUGGUCUUCUCUCUCUUCCCUCACAGGAGGAGGACCACUGAGUGCCCCCUCCCCCAUCAGCCUCUUCUUUCCUAGCUGGACAUUUGAGUGGCUCUGACUGUCAUGGGACUGAGGCCUCUCAAGUUUCCUCUGGACCCCCUUUUCCUUCCGGGUCAUCUCCUUUUAGGGUGUACGUCUGAGGGCAGGCCCUGUCGGGAAGCUCUUGUUCUGUGAGCUGCUUUUCUUGGCUGAAGAGUGGGAUGAAUGUGCUUAAAAUAAAUAAAUACAGAGGACCUGGGAGUUCAGAGGAUUCUUAUGAACUGGCUGUCAAAGAGCACCCAAAUGUCAACGUGUUCAAAUAAAACUUUGCUGGAAAAUCCGAUGGUUAAAUCUUCUGUUCAAAACGCGAUGGCCAGUGUGGAACCCUUGGAGAUGGUGCUUUGACCACAACCUUGUUCCUGCCUGGUCUGAGAAAUGGAAGCAGAGCGGCUUGGCAGAAGCUGCCUCCUGAUGCCUCCCUUAGCCCUGGGGAGCAAGAGAUGGAGGGGGCCCUCGUGAGUUGGGUCCCUGAUCCGGGGAGACACGCCUCCUCUCUUGGCCUCUUGUGGCAGUUGCGCCCGAGUGAUGUGGAGGUGGAGCUCCUGGCUCACACCCGUAACGUGGUCAGCUGGGAGCUGGAGGAAGAGACAGGCCUCCACACGGGGUGGAUCCAAAACGGAGGGCUCUUCAUUGCUUCCAACAAGCAAAGAUUGGAUGAAUACAAAAGGCUCAUGUCACUGGGUAAAGUUUUUGGCAUUGAAUCGUAUGUCCUGUCUCCGGGGGAAACCAAAGACCUUUACCCCUUGAUGAAUGUGGAAGACCUCUAUGGCACCCUCUAUGUCCCCGGGGACGGCACAAUGGAUCCUGCUGGGACCUGCACGUGCCUUGCUCGGGCAGCCAGCAGCCGAGGGGCUCUGAUCAUUGAAAACUGCCCUGUGACUGGUAUUGAAGUUAGGACAGAUGACUUUGGAGUCCCGCAGGUGGCAGCUGUGCUGACAAAAUGGGGAGCGAUCCAGACGCCCUGUGUGGUAAACUGCUGUGGUGUGUGGGCCCAAGCCCUGGGGGAAAUGGCUGGCGUCAAGGUGCCCCUGGUGGCCAUGCACCAUGCCUACGUGGUGACAGAAAAGAUCGAGGGGAUCCAGAAUAUGCCGAAUGUUCGAGACCAUGAUGCAUCCGUGUAUUUGCGUCUCCAAGGUGAUGCCCUUUCUGUGGGUGGAUAUGAGUCAAAUCCAGUGUUCUGGGAGGAGGUGUUGGACAAUUUUGCCUUUGGUCUUUUCAACCUGGACUGGGAUGUAUUCACACAACAUAUUGAAGGUGCUGUCAACCGAGUCCCAGUCCUGGAGAAAACAGGAAUUAAAUCAACAGUCUGUGGUCCAGAAUCCUUCACGGCAGAUCAUAGGCCUCUCCUAGGAGAAGCGCCGGAACUCCGUGGCUUUUUCCUGGGAUGUGGCUUCAACAGUGCUGGAAUGAUGCUUGGAGGUGGCUGUGGGAAGGAACUGGCCCACUGGAUUGUCCAUGGGCAUCCGGAGAAGGACAUGUUCAGCUAUGAUAUUAGGAGGUUUCACCACCUGCUCACUGGCAAUAGCCGCUGGAUCCGGGAGCGGAGCCACGAGUCCUACGCCAAGAACUACUCCAUCGUGUUCCCCUACGACGAGCCCCUGGCCGGGCGCAACCUGAGGAAGGACCCUCUGCAUGAGGAGCUUCUGCUUCAGGGCUGCGUCUUUCAGGAGCGACAUGGGUGGGAGAGGCCCGGCUGGUUCAACCCGUUGGGCAAAGCACCGGUGCUGGAUUAUAACUAUUACGGUGCUUAUGGCCACCCUCCCCAUGAAGAGGACGCCUACCGCCAGUUGCUCUCCGAGGAGUACACCUUUGAUUUCCCACCUCAUCAUAACAUUAUCAGGAACGAAUGCUUAACCUGUCGAAAUGCUCUUGCUGUGUUUGACAUGUCUUACUUUGGCAAAUUCUACCUGGUUGGUCCAGAGGCCAGGAAGGCAGCUGACUGGCUCUUCACAGCUGACGUUCGCAAGCCCCCAGGAACAACGGUUUACACGUGUAUGCUGAACAGACACGGGGGAGUCGAGAGUGAUUUGACUGUCAGUCCGAUUGACCCAGGACCCCAGGACUCGGCACUGGCACCUGCGUUUGAAGGGGAUGGCUACUACCUCACUAUUGGGGGAGCUGCUGCCCAGUACAACUGGUCACACAUCAGGACGGUUCUACAGGAGAGGCAGUUUCAGUGCCAGUUGAUUGACCAGUCAGAAGAGCUGGGCAUGAUCAGCAUUCAAGGCCCUUCCAGCCGCACCGUUCUGCAGGAAGUGCUGGAUGCGGACCUCAGCAACGAGGCCUUCCCGUUCUCCACCCACCAGCUGGUGAAGACUGCCGGCUGCACGGUCCGGGCCAUGAGGCUGUCCUUCGUGGGAGAGAUGGGCUGGGAGCUUCACGUGCCCAAGGAGCACUGCGUGAAAGUGUACCGCGCUGUUGUGGAAGCUGGUGCCAAACACGGCAUUGCUAAUGCUGGUUACAGGGCCAUCGACUCUCUCAGCAUUGAAAAAGGUUAUCGGCAUUGGCACGCGGACCUUCGCCCGGAUGACAGUCCCCUGGAAGCCGGCCUGGCCUUCACGUGCAAGCUCAAGUCAGACCUUGGUUUCCUUGGACGGGGGGCAGUCGAGGCCCAGAGAGCCGCCGGUCUCUUCCGCCGCCUGGCCUGUUUCACCAUCAAUGAAAAGGUCCCUCUCUUUGGAUUGGAGGCCAUUUGGCGGAACAGCCAAGUUGUCGGACACAUCCGAAGGGCAGACUUUGGACACGCUAUCAACAAAACGAUUGCCUAUGGUUACAUCCGAGAUCCUGAUGGAGGGCCAGUCUCCCUUGAGUUUGUGAAAAGUGGUGACUACGUCUUGGAAAGGAUGGGAGUUCCUUUUCCCGCCCAAGUCCACACCAAAUCCCCUUUUGAUCCAGAGAACAAGAGAGUGAAGGGGAUCUACUGAAUCUGUUGGACAUAGAUCUGAAUCUGCAGCAGGAGGGGGACAAUUAAAGAAAAUGGAACCUGGAAAGGGCGAUGUUCACAAUUCAUCGGAUUCCAUGCCCACCUCAAGAAAAGUCCUGAGGCUGAGUUGGUGGGAACGUAAAUUUCCUGUUUUGGACACUUACCAGGCACAGCACCAGAUGACCCGGCUGUGUGUCUCCAACAUCCAGUACUGUUUCCGAAGAUGGAGGUUUUGUCAGUGGGCUUGAAAGUCACCUCACGCAUUGAUUCUGUAGACAGCCUGAUUUAACUAGUACCCCUUUCAGAUCUUCUCCAUCUUUGGCCAUUUGGCCCUUCUGCCAUAAUUAUAAUAAAAAGGACAACUGUAUCUCAUUUUU